ACCAGUUUCGGCAUAUUCUUAUGGAAGCGGCAACCAUGCUUAAUACCAUUUUCAGCUGUGCAAAUAUUUACAUGUUCAAUUCUAAUUCCGCAAGUUUUUUAAAACCUUCUAACCCCUCAACAGUUCAACAAAGAGUCGGUGUGACAAGCGCGAUGUCUGAUUUUGAUGCUAAAAUUUCCGUAGACGCGCCGUUAAAGGAUUAUGAAAAGCUUAUUGAAGAAAAAGUUCAAUCGGAAGGUUUAGAUGAGGAGGAGAUAGAAAAAAAUUACAAAAUAAUAUCUGCAGCUGCGCGUGAUACUGUAUGGAAAUUGCUCUUUUCGUCUAGUCCUAUUACGAAAGAGAGUCUGGAAAAUGUGGCCGAGUUUUUGAACAAAAUAAAAGAAGAUGCAUCCUUUUAUGAUCCAUAUACUUAUAAUGAAUGGAUUUCUGGUUUGCGCGACGAGUUGUUAAAAAGGAAUAUGUUAGAUUUUUGGCGUGAUCAUAUGGUUGUGAAAGAGUUGGGUCCAUGUUGGGCAAGAGAUUGUGAUUAUUUUGACGACAUGGAAGACCCUGCACCAGCACAAUUUUACAAUCACGCUGGCUGUGUAGCUCCCUUUGCGCAAGUUACUGAACAAAGACGUAAUUCUGUUAUAUUGGAUCUUCCCACAACUCCCAACGAAAAACGUUUAGAUCUAAAUUCUGACUUUGAAGCAAAUAUUUCCACAGAGUCGCCGAGUCGGGAUUACGACUGCCUAAUUAAAGAAAAAGUGAAAAAAGAUCAGAAUGUCGAAGAUGACGUCAUCAUUGAUAAUUUCAAAAAAAUUGCAAUAUCUGCACGUGACGUAAUAUGGAAGCUUCUGUUUUCUCAAAAAGAUACGUCUGAAGAGAAUAAAGUAAAAGCUGCAGGUUUGCUCUAUAGAUUAAAAACUGAUUCUUGCCUCUAUGAUCCAUAUACAUAUAAUGAGUGGAUUUCUGGUUUACGUGACGAGUUGUUAAAAAGGAAUAUGUUAGAUUUUUGGCGUGAUCAUGUGGUUGUGAAAGAGUUGGGUCCAUGUUGGGCAAGAGAUUCUGAUUAUUUUGACGACAUGGAAGACCCUGCACCAGCACAAUUUUACAAUCACGCUGGCUGUGUAGCUCCCUUUGCGCCAGUUACUGGACGAAGACUUAAUUCUGAUAUAUUGGAUCUUCCCACAACUACCAACGAAGAACGUUUAGAUCUAAAUUCAGGCUUUGUAGCAAAUAUUUCCACAGAGUCGCCAAGUCGGGAUUACGACUGCCUAAUCAAAGAAAAAGUGCAAGAUGAUCAGGAUGGCGAUGAUGACGUCAUCAUUAAUAAUUUUAAAAAAAUUGCAAUAUCUGCCCGCGAAGUAAUAUGGAAGCUUCUGUUUUCUCAAAAUAAUCCAUCUGAAGACAAUAAAGUAAAAGCUGGAGAUUUGCUUUAUAGAUUAAAAGCUGAUUCUUGCUCUUUUGAUCCUUGGUCUUACAAUAUGUGGAUAACUACUGUUCGAGAUGAACUUCUUAAACGAGAAAUGUUUGAUUUCUGGCGUGAUCAGCUAGUAGCUAAAGAACUGGGACCUUGCUGGGCGAAAGAUUCAGAUUUCUUUGACGAUUUGGAUGAUUUAGAGCCAGUAGAAUUUUAUAACAGAGCUGGAUGCGUGGCACCUUUUAAAAGGAAGGUUAACUAAUGUAUAUUUUUGAACAUUCUUUGUAUUUAAAUAUUAUAAAUUGUUGUAUUCACAAAGAUUGUAUGUGUUAGCAUUUGAAGACCCAAUUUUAUUUCGUAGCUUUAAAAAUAAUACAAAAAUGUUGAAUUUAAAUUUUGUUAACCAAACUUACAAUUAUCCUUGAUUACUAAUCAUAUUCAGAUACUUCCAGUAAUAAUUGCAAUAAACCAUUUGUUUGC